AGGCGGGUGUGGCCCGUUGGCUCGUGUUGUUUCUUCCUGUAUUUGUAACCUGUCGGUGAUUUAUCGCGCAGUCACGUGUCCCACACACAGAUUGCAGUGACGCUCCCUGUUCGCGUUCCGCGUAAAUGACGAGCGGCGGACUUCGGGCUUCCGCCUCCGCCCUCCUGCUCUGCCGCAUCUGCAACUCCCGGCGAUUUCACGUCCCGUUCGCGUGCCUCGUUCUGCUCGCGCUGCUUCGCACUUUGAGUGCGCGCUAAGAGGUUUUGCUUCGGCCGCCGCGGGAGGAAGUUCAGGAAAGUCGUAAACAAUCAGUCAUGGCCGACAUCAGCGCAUCAAACACAGGUUUUGCCUUGGAGCUGCUGCGCACUCUGAGCCAAGCGAGUCCCGCUGGAAACAUCUUCGUCUCCCCGCUGAGCAUCAGCUCCGCCCUGGCUAUGGUUUACCUGGGGGCCAAAGGAGACACCGCUGCUCAAAUGGCAAAGGCGCUGUCAUUCAGCUCUGGUAAAAGCGUCCACGGAGACUUCCAGACACUGAACGGCGACAUCAACUCACCCUCCGCCUCAUACAUCCUCAAACUAGCCAACCGCCUUUACGGAGAAAACACUGCCAACUUCCUCCCGCUGUUCCUCAAAGCCACUCAGAAGCACUACCAGGCCGACCUGAAGGCCGUGGAUUUCAUGGGGGCUCCAGAGGCAUGCAGAAUGGAGAUCAACAGCUGGGUGGAGCAGCAGACGGAGAAUAAGAUUAAAGAUCUUCUGAAGCCGGGAACGGUCACUCCUAUGACACGGUUGGCUCUGGUUAAUGCCAUCUACUUCAAGGGAAACUGGUUGAACCGCUUUGAUCCGGCGAACACCAAAGAGAUGUCCUUCAAAGUCAACCAGAAUGAGGCAAAGCAGGUCCAGAUGAUGUACCAGAUGAAGAAGCUGCCCUACAACUACGUUCCUGAGCUCGGGCUCCAGAUCCUGGAGCUGCCGUAUGUGGAUGAGGAGCUCAGCAUGUUCAUCCUGCUGCCCGAGGAGUCGGCAGAUGGCUCUGACGCGCUGCUGAAGCUGGAGAAUGAGAUCACGCAGGAGAAGCUUGGCGAGUGGACCAACAGGAGAAACAUGGAUGUCCACUCAGAAGUCCUCGUUCACCUGCCCAAGUUCAAGCUGGAGGAAGACUACGAGCUGAGCGAGCCUUUGGCCAAACUCGGGAUGACGGACGUGUUCUGCGGGGCGAAGGCCGAUCUGUCCGGCAUGAAUGGGGAAAGAGGACUGUUCCUGUCCACAGUGGCCCACAAGGCCUUCGUGGAGGUGAACGAGGAGGGGACGGAGGCGGCCGCGGCCACCGCAGGCAUGGUAGCGUUCUGUAUGUUUAGGGAGGAGCACUUCACAGCGGACCACCCCUUCAUCUUCUUCAUCAGGCACAAUAAAACCAAGGCCAUCCUCUUCCUCGGGAGGUUCUCGUCUCCUCAGUAGACAGAAUCAGCAGAUGAAGAUUUUAGUCCAAUUGGAAAAAAAAUAAAAAAAGAAUAGGAAAAAAAAACAACCUUUGAAAUGAUUCUAUUGAUUACAGUUUCAAUAUUACAGUGGUUUUAACUAGGGGGGUUUUGUUGUCUGCCAUUGCACUUCAUUCACAAAUAUAGAUAUUUUGCUUUGGGUUUAAAAGUGAUUACAUUCGUAAUAUAGGCAACCAGAGGACUGUUAAUUUGACUUUAGUUAUAAUAAGAUGGGUUCACAAUAAAACUGGAAACUAGGAAAGCUUAUUGAAAUACAAUUGGCUCCUUUCACCUCAGUUCUAUUGUAGGGACAGAAAAAUCUUGGUAGACAAAACUAUUCACUGGUUAUUACUGAAAUCGUAUUCUUUAUAACUUUUAGAAAAAUAGAUACAACAUAAGAAGAAUGAAUUGCCUCGCUCGUGUUAAUGCGUGCAUGAUACAUUUUGAGAAACUUUUCAAUAUUGUAAAUUCCUGCAGUUUGUCACUCCUUUUACAUUCAUUUGUUAAAUAUCAGUGCAUAACUUUACUUAGCUGUCAAAGACAGUUUUGAAACAUGGAAAUCACAAGCACCGGUUGAAGUCCUGGGAAAGCAUUCCUACCAUUGUGUUGGAUAUUAGAAAUAAACUGACGACCCGGUUCAUAAAUUAAUAAAAUGCAUAUAGUGUA